GGGUUGCGAGCGGGCUCUGGCAGCGGAGGUCUCUGGUUCGGCUGCUCCUGCUUAGUUGUGACACUUGUGAUGUUUUUCUCUGAGGCCGGGGCCAGACCGCGGACGUGGGAAGCCAGCCCCUCGGAGCACAGGAAGUGGGUGGAAGUAUUUAAAGCAUGUGAUGAAGAUAACAAAGGCUAUCUAAGCCGAGAGGACUUUAAAGUUGCUGUUGUAAUGCUGUUUGGGUACAAGCCCUCCAAGAUAGAAGUGGAUUCUUUGAUGUCUUCAAUAAAUCCAAGCACUUCUGGUAUAUUACUUGAAGGUUUUUUAAAUAUUGUAAGGAAAAAGAAAGAAGCUCAACUCUAUCGGAAUGAAAUAAGACACAUCUUCACAGCUUUUGAUGUACACUAUCGUGGAUUUUUAACUUUGGAAGAUUUCAAAAAAGCAUUUAGGCAGGUGGCUCCCAAAUUACCAGAAAGGACUAUCCUUGAAGUAUUCAGAGGUAUUUUCAGUUCAUGAUUUAGCUUCAGCUGUCAUCAGGGAGCUGGCUUAAUGUUCUUUCUUGACUUUGCCCGCCAUCAACACCCUGUGGUAUUUCUGGCUGGCGUUUUUCUCUGCAUGGGUAUGUUUACUUCUCCAUGCCUAGGAGCUUUCUCCAUCUCAUUGUAAGCACUGCUAUUUGUACAUUCCCACCACCUGUCAGUUGGCAGAAAGCUCUGGGAAGCCGCUUCUGCUUCCCAGUCAUGAAAUGAAAUGUGAAUGUGCAGAAGGCCCAUGCCCUGACCCAGCGUCCAAGAUUCUGAGUGCAUGGGAGGAUUGCCAUAGACUAACAUAAAGUGGAAGUAUUGAGGCCCCAAAUGCUCUCCAAUCAAUGACUGGAGAUGAAGUUAUGUCCUAAUAGUUUUGGUAAAAGAAUCCCUUUCUUCAUAUUACGUGGGGAAAGGUCAGAGUACAUAGAACAUCUAACUAUCCUUUUUUAGGUAUUAAAAAUUGGUUGAAAAUAAGGGUGUCAUCACUUGUCGAAUAAUAUAUUUUCAACAUCAGAGUGUUAGUGGACAUAAGGAAUGCAAUUUUAAAAUGGAGUGAUGGAUAUUCUCUUGGCAGAAAAAUUAUAUGUGCCUCGUAUCAUAGCCGUUAUGGAGGAAAGGGUUGUCAUGAACUUGGGUAAAAUGAACUGAUGGGCUCUUCUGUUGCGCUGAUUAGAAGACUAUUGCAGAGCCAAGGGGCCUAACGGAAGGUGAUUUAAGAUAGCAUUUAUUUAUUCAAAUCAUUUGCAUGUCUUUUGAAAUGUUAUUCCUCACUGUGUUCUUUAGUUUCCUAUAAUUCCUUUCCACCAUCAGCCGACUUGU